ACUCGUCCGUGUCAGUUUCAGUCAACAGGAUGAUCGUCUCGGAGGUCAUAUGGAUAGCAUGCCUGGUAAUGGCAGCUGAAGCUGGUCCGUGUUUGGACAACCAGCACUGUUCUGACUGUGACAACACGACGGGACAUUGCCUCACUGAGUGUGACACGGGGUACUUUGAUCUGAAAUGUUUCUCUGUGUGCGAUGGUCAUUGUAAAGGUAACCUGUGUAAUCAAUCUGCCGAGGGUAGUGGACGGUGCACCGAGGGUUGUGAGCCAGGAUAUCAAGGCCAGAGAUGCAACAUACCAUGUGACAGUCCAGUAGGUAGCUGUACAGCAUGUCCAGGUAGUUGUGAUGGAGGAUAUUGUCAGCUGGGGUCAUCCUGUGUGUCUGGAUGUAUAGACGCCCAUUAUGGCACAGAUUGUGAAUCAGCUGGUGCAGUAGGACUGUCUGUGGGAGUGUCCACGGCAGUGUUCAGUUUCAUCCUAAUGAUCGUCUUGGUUGUGUACUGCAAGUAUUGGCGACGCGUGAGACAACAGCACAGUGCCCCCCAGACAGAGGACCCUGUACCCCCCAGGGCUGCCGAGAUGGACGAUACCUCUGUACAGGAGCUGGAGUGGUACACCGACAUACAGCUGACGGACAUGACCGUGGCUUCUGAGUCACCUGGGAACUACAGAGGUGGGGGUGAAGCUGCUGGAGUGGAAGAUGACGUUUACGACGUCGCGGAUGGAGGCAGGCUUCAAUGUGUUGUUGUUGGCGACAUAUACUCUAAAUUAUCACAUACCCAGUGAGCACAAACUUCGAAAAGGUCUCACUCUGCCCAAUGCUACAGAGUCUUGUCUUUGCGCAGUUUCCAGUUUGAUCCAACGGUUCCUUGUCAAGUGAGCGAAUGUAUGACCGCGAGAGGUCAGUCAUAGAAUCUCUGGCUGUGCCAUCGCCAAAUGGGUUAAAGUAUGUUACUCUGAAUGAAACUCGGCAUGAAUCACCUGCAUAAUUUCUCUGUGGGUGAGAGAGUGAGUGAGUUUAGCUUUACGCCACACUCAGCAAUAUUCCAGCUAUAUGGCGGCGGUGUGUAAAUAAUCGAGUCUGGACCAGACAAUCCAGUGAUCAACUACUCUGUGGGCUAUUCAUUCAGAAACGUGUCACGGUGACGUCAUUCUGUAACCUCGCAAAAUGGAAACAACACAAGUAUUGAUAUAUGUAUCCCGUCACUGAAAGGCAUCGCUUAACUCUAUCUCACCAAUUUUGAUCUGAUGUACAUUCCAAAAUCAAAAUAUGUGUGACCUUUGUAAAAAAAUGUAAACAAACAAUGUAUUUCUGUUUUGCUUAAACAAUGCCAGUGACAGUUCGUUAAGACAAUCUUUGAAUCGACACUUCAUUUUAAUUGUCUCUGCUUCAUUACGGAGGGAGAUUGCAAAUAACUAUACUUUAAGAAAAAAUAGGGGAACCUGAACUUUCAGUUUGGAUAGGAACGAUAAGUGUUAACAUUUCUUUGACAGACAGACAUCUUUUGAACGCAUCACCAUUUUUCUUUAUCACUGCCCUUAGAUACA